AUGAGCAGCAGUUGCUCGGGGCUGAGCAGGGUCCUGGUGGCCGUGGCUACAGCCCUGGUGUCUGUCUCUUCCUCCUGUCCCCAGGCCUGGGGCCCCCCAGGAGUCCAGUAUGGGCAGCUUGGCAGGUCUGUGAUGCUGUGUUGCCCUGGAGUGGCUGCUGGGACCUUGGUAUCUUGGUUUCGGGACGGUGAACCAAGGCUACUCCAAGGACCAGCCUCUGGACAAGGGCACACAUUAGUCUUGGCGCAGGCAGACACCAGUGACGCAGGCACCUACAUCUGCCGGACCCUGGAUGGUGCUGUGAGAGGCACAGUGACCUUGCACCUGGGCUACCCUCCAGCCCGCCCUGUUGUCUCCUGCCAAGCUUCUGACUAUGAGAACUUCUCCUGCACGUGGAGUCCAGGUCAGGUCAACAGUUUACCCACUUGCUACCUCACCUCCUACAGGAAGAAGACAGUGCCAGGAGAUGAUGACCAGAGGAUGAAUUCAUCUGCUGGGCCCUGGCUGUGCCCACAGGACCCCCCAGGCACUGCCCGCUGUGCGGUCCAUGGGGCAGAGUUCUGGAGCCAGUACCGGAUCAAUGUGACGGAGGUGAACCCUCUGGGGGCCAGCACGCGCCUAAUGGAUGUGAGCUUGCAGAGCAUCUUGCGCCCCGACCCACCUCAGGGGUUACAAGUGGAGCCAAUACCCGGUUACCCUCGCCGCCUGCUUGCCAGCUGGAAGUAUCCCACCUCUUGGCCCCACCAGCCCCAUUUUCUGCUCAAGUUCCGGUUGCAGUACCGCCCGGUGCAGCAUCCAGCCUGGUCCACGGUGGAGCCAGUUGGGUUGGAAGAGGUGAUCACAGAUGCUGUGGCUGGGCUGCCCCACAUAGUGCGGGUCAGCGCCCGGGACUUUCUGGACGCUGGUACCUGGAGCGCCUGGAGUCCUGAGGCUUGGGGGACUCCAAGCACUGGGCCCUUACCAGAGGAGAUACUAGCUGGAGGCCAGCAACCAGUGGGGGAUCAGCCACAACUGAAGCCAGAAUCACAGCUGCAGGCAGGCAGCUUCACUCCUCCAAGGCCCUCCCUCCAACCAGCCCCUCAGCCACUUGACCACAGGGUCCCCCUGGAGCAGGUUGCCAUGCUGAUGUCACUAGGAAUCCUCUCUUUCCUGGGCUUGGUGGCUGGGUCCCUGGUCCUGGGGCUCUGGUAA